GCCAUCUCUAUUCUCAAGGAAUUUAUUUUUCAUUGAAUAUUUCACCUUGAAGGGUAUGGGGAGAAACAGUACUGCUAACUCUUGGUUUGCUUUACCUAUUUGCACUGAGUAAAGAAAGUAGAAAUCCUCCCUGAUCCCUGCUCCAAACCAGAUAUAUUUAAUUAAUUUCAAUUUAAGUUAUACCACUUCACCCAUUCUGCUAACUUCCCCGUCCUACUCCACCCAAACCAGAUUUCAGCCAGAUUCAGGACUGAACAUACUGUCUCCUAACCUGUUCCCAGUUUCUAAAUUUCUAUGUUUUCAGUCCUUAGGGGAGGGGGGAGAAAUCCUGCCCCUAACUGCUACUUUUUGCUGCCUACAUUCAUUCCCAAUUUGGAUCUGGGGCAGAAACUUCAUUGAGAGGAGGGAUUCUGCAAAAGGGCCUGUAUUAAAGUGCCUCCUAUGUGUACUGUUUUUGUCCUUAAGGAGUUUUCUCUUCCCAGAAUGCAACCUGAGCUCUCAGUUUCAGAAUCACAUGUGAGAGAUUCUUUUUCUCUGACAGUAGGAAUAAAGAGUUGAUGGACAUUGGGACAAAUUUCCUCAGCACCUCUGGUCUCCCAAGCUGUGCAAGAACUGGAAAGUUGGGAAUCAGUGUGGACUAGGAUAACAACCCUUUAUGGUUUCAUAUAUUUUAUAUGAUUCUCCAUCCCUGAGAUGCAAAUGCUAUUCCCAUUUUACAGAUAAACAGACCAAAAGAUUGAAUAACUUGCCCAGUCACUCAGCAAGUAAGGAAGGCAGAAUUCAAACUCUGGUCUGGACUCCAGCUCAACACCCUCUACAAUGCCAUCAACCUGUGAAUGAAUUAUAUAGGAUGUGAGGGAAUGUGAGCAGAGAUAUCUAGCGGGGUGGGGAAUUUUUUAAAUUUGGGGAACUGGUAUUCUCAGAUAUUCGAAUUCUCCAGAGGGCACUGCAAUGUAAAACGUGAUUAGAGAAUUGGGAGGAGAUGCACGCAAAAUGCGGUGGUACCCGUAAGGGGUAUAGCCCCAGCUUUUAUCAGACCUCAAGGGAGAGCCAGGCUGCAAAGCCACUGCCAUUUCUCCCUCGCGGAAUGUCCCCAGACCUUGCCCCACCCCGGGUUAAGGCCACGCGCCGGGUGCGAACUCCAGUCAGUGACAGAAAGCCGGUUGCAUGUAAACUGGGUGGGAGGGGAAGAGGGGAGUUGGGUCUAAUGCUUGAGCCAUUGGGGGUGGGGCAGGAGAGUGGGAGGGGCAUACAGCCACUUAAGGCGGAGUUCGGCAACACUGUCCUGGGUAGCAAGUAGAGCCUGGUCCAAGGCUGGUACCAAUUGCCCCUUUCCUAGAGUGUUAUGUUAUACUCCCUUACUGGCGGGUCACAAACUCUGGGGGACAUGAAGGAAGAGCCUCAAUAUCGUGACCGUUUUGUUCAGCUCCCGACAUCAGCGUGAGCCCCGCGCUCCCUGGAUAAAUCUCCACCUGCUGCUCAUCGGAAAAGAAAUGUCCAACUGACAAGAAGCCCCUGUGAAGACAGAUAUUCCAUCCCCUUGGGGCUGGUGCCAUGCCGCUGCGGGCGAGCCUGGUGCCCGUGUGCUGCCUGGCACUCCUGGCUCUACUAACACUGCCUACCAGGAGCUGUGGACCCGGUCGGGGACCCGUGGGCAGACGCCGAUAUGUGCGAAAGCAACUUAUACCACUACUCUACAAGCAAUUUGUGCCCAGCGUGCCAGAGCGGACUCUGGGUGCCAGUGGACAGCCCGAGGGCAGAGUGGUCCGGGGAUCAGAACGCUUUCGAGACCUGGUGCCAAACUACAAUCCUGACAUCAUCUUCAAGGAUGAGGAGAACAGUGGAGCUGACCGCCUUAUGACCGAGCGCUGUAAAGAACGAGUGAACUCACUGGCUAUCGCUGUGAUGAACAUGUGGCCAGGAGUGCGCUUGCGGGUAACCGAGGGCUGGGACGAGGAUGGACACCAUGCUCAGGACUCACUACACUACGAGGGCCGGGCCUUGGAUAUAACCACAUCGGACCGGGACCGCAAUAAGUAUGGGCUAUUGGCACGACUGGCAGUAGAGGCUGGCUUCGACUGGGUACACUAUGAGUCUCGCAACCACGUGCACGUGUCUGUCAAAGCUGACAACUCUCUGGCAGUGCGAGCAGGGGGCUGCUUCCCAGGAAAUGCCACGGUACGUCUUCGAAGUGGGGAACGGAAGGGACUACGUGAAUUACAUCAUGGAGACUGGGUGCUAGCUGCAGACGCAGCUGGCCGGGUGGUACCCACGCCCGUGCUACUCUUCCUGGACCGAGAUUUGCAGCGCCGGGCCUCUUUUGUAGCAGUGGAGACUGAAAGGCCCCCACGCAAACUGCUCCUCACACCCUGGCACCUGGUCUUUGCAGCCCGCGGCCCAGCGCCUGCCCCAAGCGACUUUGAGCCAGUGUUUGCUCGCCGAUUGCGCGCUGGGGACUCGGUACUUGCCCCAGGCGGGAACGCGCUUCGACCUGCACGCGUGGCCCGCGUGGCCCGGGAGGAGGCUGUGGGUGUAUUCGCACCUCUUACCGCGCACGGGACUCUGCUAGUGAACGACGUCCUGGCUUCCUGCUACGCUGUCCUGGAGAGUCACCAGUGGGCUCAUCGUGCCUUCGCACCCCUGCGUCUGCUCCACGCGCUAGGGGCUCUGCUACCCGGUGGGACCACCCAGUCCAUCGGUAUGCACUGGUACUCUCGCCUCCUUUACCGUCUGGCAGAGGAAUUGCUGGGCUGAGAGUUCAGGGUGGAAACACCUGAACACGGGCAGAGACGUGGGCGCCUGGAGAGAAGAGGAUAUAGAAUAUGAAAUAUUGGGAAGGAGGAACAGAAAGAUGAGGACAAAGGAAAAAGGAUUGGGUGUGGGGCUAGGGUUGAGGGGAGUUUGACAAGGUAUCCUAAGGAGGGAUAAGAAGAUUGUACAUGGAUGAAAACAGUAUUUCCCCUAGCCACCAUUAUCUCCUCAGCCUUCUACAAAUUCAAUUCGAUUUGUUUAAAAUUAACAAACAUUUUACUAAAUAUGGGAAAAGAUGAAAAGUAGUCCCUGCCCUCAUGGAGCAUGCAACCAUCUUGCUCCUUUCUGAGUGCCCUAAUUCCUGGCCGAUAAUUUUAUUUUUCUAUUUAUAAAUGGUAAUAUACUCUUCCAACUCUUAUCCCUGUUUUAUGCCCAGUCAGGCAUUAAGAAGAGCUGUGAUCAACUCUAAUACUGUCACAAUCCUUUUUUUCACCAUGUGAUCUAAUAAAAGGAACAAUCCAGGUA